AUGAGUGAGCUUAAAAUGGGUGGCGAGCUUAGCGACGAAGCAAUGAUUGAUCCACAGGAAAUAGAAUCAUUCCAAACAUAUUACAAGAACAUUAAGAAAUCAGAACACGAUUUACCACAAACCAUAUCAAUAUUAACAAAAUGCAAGCAUAAUUAUACUAAGCCACAGUUCUUUCAGGUAUUUAAGCAUUUAAAUGUUGAUUUCCCAACUGAUAAUGAUGAUGCUGUGUUGGAUUUCAUUUUCAAUCUUACAGGCAUUGUUCAUUCAAAAAUUUUUGAACACAUAUAUGAAUUUAUUUCAAAGGUUGUAAAGGAAAAUAAAUCCAUUAAAGAGAAGCAGAAAUCAAAUUCAUCAGUACAAACCACAAGAUCCAGAAACAAUAUGACAAUAAGUUCCAAAUCAAAUAAUGAAGAUGUUCAAAAAGAAAUCGAUGACUAUAAGAAAACACUUACAGAUCUUGUAUCGGAAAAAGAAUCAAUGAUGAAAGAAAUUCUAGAACUAUCCAAGAUUAAAACAACACUCAAGGCAUCAGCAGCAGAGAUGCUUGAGGAAGAAAGUUCAUCCGAAAAAUCAAAAUUAUUAAUCCCUGAAGCCGCUUUGUCAUUGUACAAACUCGAAGAUUUUAAGGGAGUUUAUACAUUUUUCCAGGAACAUGCCAGCAAGAAUGAUAAAGAAUCAAUACGCGUUGCGUGUUCGAUUGGAUUAUCCGAAGUUCGUGAUGAGAAAUAUUCUGAUACGGUUUUAAUUGAAGCCUGUGUUAGAGGAGAUUUGAAUAUUGUUAAGGCUCUUCUUGACGGCGGAUGCCAAAUUAAUGCAGUCAAUAAAUUUGGUAACAACGCAUUACUCGAAGCCUCUGCCAAAGGACACCUUGAGAUCGUUAAAACUCUUAUAAAGGCAGGUAUUGAUAAGGACUUUGUUAAAGAAUCUUCUGGUUUCAACGCAAUUCUUUAUGCAUCACACCAUGGACACCUCCCAAUAGUUAAAUACCUUGCUUCAAUAGGAUGUAAUGUUAACUCAAUGAAUAACCAAAACGCUACUUGCAUUUACUUCGCUGCCAUGAAUGGACACCUCGAAGUAGUAAAGUACCUUUAUAAGAUGGGAGCAGAUCCAAACACGAAAACGCUUAAUAAAGGAUGGUGCCCAAUUCACGCAGCUGCAGGAAUGGAUCAUGUUAAAGUUAUCAAAUUCCUAAUUUCUUGCGGAUGUGACAAAGACAGUAAAACAGAUACAAUGAGAACUCCGCUCCAUAUUGCAGCAGAAGAAGGUAUGGUCAAUGUUGUAAAGUAUCUGAUUUCAAUUAAAGUUAAACUUGAAGAGAAAGACCAUAAGAACAAAACCCCAUUUGAAUAUGCUUAUGAAAAGUUAAAUGUUUCCAACAAUUAUAAGCAAAUUUGUAAAGCAUUUAAUUCUUGCGGAAUCCACGAAUGCGCUCUUCGUGUUUAA